GACGUAUGAAAGUGCGUGAUGACGGUUGCUGCUCGACAGUUUUCCCUCCUCGUUGUGAAGCUAUCCGGCUAUUCCGAUGUUUAGCUAAAGAGAUUUUUAUCGCUGGACAUUUUGAAGACAGUAGUUUUAACGUUGUGGUCGAUACAGAAACCGAACAUCCACAGCAACGUUGUUUAAGAAGACUUAUGCUGUCCUGCUAGCAGGGCAAGAUGUUCAACAAGUCAUUUGGUACUCCCUUCGGUGGAGGGACGGGGGGAUUUGGCACCUCAUCGACCUUUGGACAGCAAAACACGGGUUUCGGGACGACGGGAGGCUUCGGGACGUCUGCGUUUGGGGCGACAACCAACACCGGAGGUCUCUUUGGUUCCACACAGAAUAAACCUGGCGGUCUGUUUGGGUCCAGUACGUUCAGCCAGCCGGCGACGUCCUCCACGAGUACUGGCUUCGGUUUCGGUGCAGCCAGCGGCACUUCGACCAGCCUGUUUGGUAACACCGGAUCAGGCACCACCGGAGGACUCUUCUCACAGCAGAACAAUGCCUUUGGCGCCAACAAACCCUCAUCUUUUGGAAGCUUCGGGACGAGCACCAGCAGCGGCGGGCUGUUCGGGGCGACCAACACCACCUCCAACCCUUUCGGCGGGUCCAACUCCCUGUUCGGAGGCUCCGGGUUCUCCGCCGCACAGCAGCCAGGAACGACCGUAAAAUUCAACCCUCCAACAGGAAGUGACACAAUGGUGAAAGCGGGCGUGACCACCAGCAUCAACACCAAGCACCAGUGCAUCACGGCCAUGAAGGAGUACGAGAACAAAUCGCUGGAGGAGUUGAGGCUGGAGGACUACCAGGCGGGCAGGAAGGGCCCGACCAACCCGAUAGCCGCAGGGACGGGCGGUCUGUUUGGUUCGGCUACGGCCACGUCCAGCGCCACCACCGGCCUGUUCGGCACCUCCGCCCCCAACACCAGCUUCUCCUUCGGACAGAACAAGAGCACCUUUGGCGCAGCACCUGCUGCUGGUUUCAAUGCGACCACCGGCGGCCUGUUCGGCCAACAGAACCAGCAACAAGCCGCCUCAAGUCUCUUCAAGCCGUUCGGUCAGACGACCACCACGCAGAGCACCGGCUUCUCCUUCGGCAACACCAACACCAUGGGACAGGCCAACACCAGCAGCAUGGGUUUGUUUGGAAACACGGCGGCGUCUCAGUCGGGCGGCUUGUUCGGCACGGCUCAGACCAGCGCCGCCACCGGUUUCGGGACGGCCACCGGACUGUUCGGCCAAACGAACGCCGGAUUUGGAAAUGUCGGCACACAGCAAAGUUUAUUCGGUAAUAAGACGGCCGGGUUCGGCACCACCACCACCAGCGCUCCGUCCUUCGGCGCCGGCACCGGGCUCUUCGGCAACAAGCCGGCUCUCACACUGGGAACCGGAACCAACACCUCCACCUUCGGUUUUGGCGCCAACCCGGCGGCGGGGAGUCUGUUCGGGAACAAGCCGGCCACCGGAGGACUGGGGACCGGACUGGGAACCAGCUUUGGAACAGCAGUGGGCACUGGGCAGACGUCUCUCUUUGGGAAUAACCAGAACAAACUGGGCACCACACUGGGAACGAUGGGAACGUUCGGAGCAGCCGGAUUCAACAGCGGAACCAGCACGCUGGGCUUCGGAGCUUCACAGCAACCCGUCGCGCUCACCGAUCCGAACGCAGCGGCCGCCCAGCAGGCCAUGCUGCAGCAGCAGCUCAGCGUUCUGGCGUACUCGCCGUACGGAGACUCGCCGCUGUUCAGAAACCCGCUUUCAGACCCGAAGAAGAAAGAGGAGCGUCUGAAACCGACCAAUCCGACGGCCCAGAAGGCUCUGACCACUCCCACCCACUACAAGCUGACCCCUCGACCGGCGACCCGGGUCCGCCCCAAAGCGCUGACGUCGUCGGGCGCCUCCAAGUCACAGCUGUUCGACGGCCUGGACGACGACGAGCCGUCGCUCACCAACGGAGCCUUCAUACCCAGAAAGAGCAUCAAGAAACUUGUCCUGAAGAACCUGAACAGCAGUCAGUACAGCAGUCCAAUCAACAAAGAGACAGACGACCUCGCUUCACCAUCAGAGUAUCCACAGAACGGACACAGCCACAUGGAGGACGAGGACGAGUUGAGGGAGUUACCGGGCCCCAGCAGCCAGGCGGACGACGACCCCGAGGUCACCCAGUUUUACGUCAACCCCAUCGCCAAGCCGAUCCCGCAGGGCCGCAACCAGACCAGCCUGCAGGACACCAUCAGCGACCUCAACAUGCACAAACCUGCCAGGAACGGCCUGGAGCUGAGCAGCGAGGACGUGUCUGCGUCUCUGGGGGAGGAGUCUCUGCUGGAGGGUCGAGAGGAGGAGCAGCAGGAGUCGCAGUCUCCUCACCCAGCAGGCAUCGUUCUGAACCGUGUUGGUUAUUACACCAUCCCCUCCAUGGAGGAGCUGGCCGAGAUGGUGGAUGAAAACGGGGAGUGUGUGGUGGAGAACUUCUCCGUCGGCAGGAAAGGCUACGGCUCCAUCUUCUUCCCCGGCGAGGUGAACGUGACGGGACUGAACCUCGACGAGAUCGUCCACUUCAGACGCAAAGAGGUCAUCGUGUACCCGGAUGACAAAAACAAGCCGCCGGAGGGGGAGGGGCUAAACAGGCGGGCGGAGGUCACUCUGGACGGCGUUUGGCCGAACGACAAGACGACCUGCACUCAGAUCAGGAGCCCCGAGCGUCUGACAGACAUGAACUACGAGGGCCGGCUGGAGAAAGCCUCCCGCAAACAGGGAGCUCGCUUCCUGGAGUACAGAACCGAGACCGGAUCCUGGGUGUUCGAGGUGGCCCAUUUCUCCAAAUACGGACUCCAGGACUCGGACGAGGAAGACGACGUCCCGCUCAAAGCCGACCCCAAGAAGCUGAAGACGAUGACGACGACGACGAUGCUGCAGCAGCAGCAGCAACUUCCUCCCUCCCAGCAGCAGCAGCAGCAGCAGAUGGCGCCACAGGCCCAGUCCACCGUCGUCGUGGAUCUUCCAGGCGGCGUGGCGGAGUUGGACAGCGACAUGGCUGACAUCACCCAGAGCUUCCCGACAGAGAGCACGCUGGGAGGAGAGGAGGACGGCGACCUGCUGGUGGGAGACAUGGACACGACGGCCGGGAAGCUCGGAGGUUUGAUCUCCGCGGAGCACGACGCCGUCUCUGCGUCCAGCCACAUAGCGUCCUCGCUGGGGAUCAACCCUCACACCCUGCAGAUUAUGAAGGCAUCUCUGUUUGCUGAGGAUGAGGAGGAGAGCGACAUGUUCCACGACCAUGGAGCGAUGAAGGUCCCUGCUGACGUCUCGUCCCCUCGCCUCAUCCUGCCGGGAGCUCAGAGCCGACCCUCCGUCGGUGGUCUCCUUCAGGCUCGUUUUACCUCGGGCCUCCUCCUCUCUCAGCUGUCAGACUCUCCCCGCCCUUCUCUUCCUGCUCCUCUGUCGGGGGCGUCUCCGGCGGCGGUCGAAUCCUCCCGGUCGUUACACUGGGCGGGGCCCAGCCCCUCCUCCUUCCUGCUGCCUUCUCGGCCUCCAGAGCCCGCCAUCAGGACGGUGGGGGUCCGACGGCUGGGCGGCCCCGUCCCCCUCAAAGAGUCGGUCACGCAGGGGAAGGGAGGGUUGCUGAUGGACGCGGGGCUGUUUGCUGGUCGAUCGUUUCGGGUGGGGUGGGGUCCCGGCUGGACGCUGGCGCACUGCGGCCACCGGCUGAGCUCACCGCCGUCCAAACAGCUCGACCAAGAACUGACCAACAAGACCGACUUCAGCUUCCUGCCGAAACCUGCCAGGAGUAAACCACUGACAGAAAGCCCCUAUAAGGUGGUGUUGGAGCAGCUGGAGGGUCUGGAGCCUCCGGGAGGGAAGAUCAGUGAAGAAGAGGAGGAGGAGGAGGAGGAGGAGGAGGAGAGCCAGGUGGUGCUGCAGCGCCCCCUGGAGAUCUGCCUCAAGCACAGCACCGUCAGCACCACAGACGCCUCUGCCUGCCCUCUGGUCCAACCGGAGCCCGGCGUGGCGGCGCUGCACGAGUACGCCGAGUGGAUCAUGGAGCUGAGCGACAAGCAGGGCGACGCGGACCCCCUGCUGGGUUACUGGGCCGAGGUCUGGACCCUGUGUGAGGCCCUGUGGGGCCGGUUGGGCCCCGCAGACCAGGAGCCAGACAUGGAGACGCCCAGCGAGUAUCAGCAGCAGCUGGAGAGGAGGCGGACCUUCUCAGCCUGGCUGUCCCGCGGCGCCACCUACAGGGUGGAGGAGGAGGUGGCUCAGGCAGGGAAAGGACGCCACACCGAGGCCAUCUUCAGCUACCUGACGGGAAACCGCAUCAGUGAGGCGUGUCGGCUCGCACAGAAGGAAGGAGACCACCGUCUGUCCCUGCUGCUGUCUCAGGCGAUGGGUUCUCAGUACAGCCGGGACCUUCUGGCCCUUCAGCUCGCCGACUGGAACCGCAUGCAGUCCGACAGCUACCUGCCUGAGGAACGACUGCGCAUCUUCACGCUGCUCGCCGGGAAACCUGUGUGGCAGUCGUCUGACUCUGUGGUGAACGUGUGCUCAGAGUUGGACUGGAAGCGUUGUGUGGCGGUCCACCUCUGGUUCAUGUUGCCUCCCACCGCCUCCGUGGCCGACGCACUCACCAAAUACGAAGUCGCCUUCCAGGGCUCGUGUGAGGGCGGGAGGUACGCCUGCGCCCCCCUGCCUCCGUACCUGGAGGCGGAACAGCCAGACAUGGAUGAGGAGGAGGAGGAGGAGGAGGAGGAAGAGUCUAAACGGCAGCUGUACGACCUCUGCUUCCAUCUGCUCAAACUCUACAGCGACAGACACUACAGGCUGGAGCAGCUGUUGGACCCUCUGACGGUCACCUGGGAGCGUCUGGAUUACCGUCUCAGCUGGCACCUGUGGGGCGUCCUGCAGGCGCUGCAUUACAGCCACCUGAGCGUCUCGGGGCAGGGACUCCUCCACGCCAGCUACGCCGCUCAGCUGGAGAGCGCCGGCCUCUGGCACCUGGCCGUCUUCAUCCUGCUGCACAUCCCCGACCACACUCAGCGGGAGCGAGCGGUGAGGGAGCUGCUGACGCUCCACUGCCCCCUGCAGGAGACGGACGAGUCGGUCCGGAGGGAGCGCUUCCUGACCGAGAGGCUGCUGAUCCCGGAGCAGUGGAUCCACGAGGCCAAGGCCACCCGAGCGCGGCGCGACGGCGACCGACACCAGGAGGCGCUGCACCUGUACCGAGCCGGAUACUGGAACCAGUGUCACCGGCUGCUGAUCCAACACCUGGCCUCAGAUUGCAUCAUCAACGACAACCACGACUACCUGCUGGAGUUCCUGGAGGGACUGGCGGUCCCUGAACACAGCACCACCAUCCAGGACUGGGACACUGCAGGGAGGGUUUACCUGGACUACAUCAGGGUCAUCAAGACUCUACGGGACAUUGAGCAGAUGGAGAAUGCCGGUUACGAGCUGGAGCGUCUUUACACCGACGUCACGUCUCUAUGCAGCAGAAUCGAGCUGCUGCCCUGCAGCACCGCCAGAGACCGCCUCGCCCAAUCAGAGAUGGCGAAGCGUGUAGCCAACAUCCUGCGCGUGGUGCUGAAGCUGCAGCACGGCGACGCAGCGUCCGACUCCCACAACAUGCCGCUCAACCAGCUGGCGCAGAACAUCACCCGCCUGCCGAUGCCGGAGGACUACACGCUGGAGGAGCUGCGAGGCCUCACGCAGUCGUACCUGCGACAGCUCAUCGUCAGCCAAUGAGAGCACAGAGCAGGAGGGAAGAACAUGCCGCUACUUCAAUCAAAGCAUACAUGAGGUCUUCACCGGCUGAAAGAUCAGCUGCUCAAACAUCAUGAACCUCUGACACACAGAAAGAAAAAAGGAGCAAAAAAACUCAAAAACUGAGUCCAUUGAUCCCGUUUCUGACUGCUGACAAACAUUUUUUUACAUUUAUUCAGCUUCACGUCUUCGCUUUCAGUUCCUUCUGUAGAAAACGGACACAAAGCUUCAAUAUUUCAUUCCUCAACAUCUGUGUGUGUGUUUGAUUCAAAGAGAAACAACUUGAAGUCAUAUUUUCAUCUUAAAGGAUCAAACCAGAUGUUUCAUGUUUUUGCUCCUUUUUAUUACAAAUCUCACAGUAAACAGUUCAGUAAAUGUUUGAAUGUGUUUCUGCAGUUAACCAUUAUUAUUUAUUAUUGAUUAAUUUGCAGAUUUUCACUGUUCCUAAUGUCUAGUGUAACAUCUUAGUCCAAAAACCUCCAAAUAUUCAGUUUAAUAUAAUAGAAGAGCAAGAAAAAUAAAACUUGGAUCCGUCACAUUUGGCACUUUUGCUUAAAAAUGAACCGUUUUGAAAUGACUUGAUCAUCAAAGUGGUUGAUUUAAUUGACUUUUUGCAGCUCUGCAGUUGGUUUUCACUCAUUUAUUUACAAUUUCUGUUUAAAAUAAGUCAGAAUUGUGUUAAAGAGACGAUGAGCUGCAUGAAGUUUCUAAUUCAUUUGUGCUUAAACUGCAAAAAUAAAUCAAAUACAACCUAAACUUUAACUUUUAAGAAAUAUUUACUUUAAUUCACCAGUAAAAAUCGAUAUCAAUACUUCUCUCAAGACUCCUGGAUUAAAAACACAUAUUAAAAAUAAAUAAUAAGACCAUUUAAACAUUAAAUGGUCGUAACAGUGUGUCGAUAAAGUUUCCUGAACAUACAGAAACAUAAAUAAACAGAAACCAACGACUUCCUGGAACAGAAACUAAAAUACAAACGUUUCUAAAUAAAAAUAAAGGGUCCAAACUUUCAAACACUCUGAUCUGAUCCUUUAAAUGAUCUUCAGCAACGUUUAUUGUUUAUUGAGAUUCUCACUGAAUCAUUUACAUUGAAAUGCUCCCAAAAAAAAAAAACACCGUCUUCUGAGUUUGUUUCUGCCUGUUUUUUUUGAAAAGCGUCUUUGUAGAUGUAACUUUUGAAUGAUUUGACCUCUGACCCCCCCGCAGCUCAGCGCUGUGUGUGUGGUCGUCGGGCUCUGACUCCCAUCUCUUCUUUGACAACAUGACUGCUCGUUAUUUUUCUAUUCGAAGAUUUGGUUUUAUCUUAAGUAAGUUUAAAAAAAAAAAAAAAAAAAAAAAGCAGCUGUUAGCUUAGCGUAGUGCGACAGUAGCAUUUGUUCAUCUGUCAAUAUGUGAAUAAAGAUCUAUCUUAAUAUUAAAGAAGAAGAGCGGUGAUGUUGUGCAAACGACGCGAACAAGUUGCUUUUUGUUUUGUUUGUUUUUUUUGUUUUUCUUUUUUUUUGGGACGCGACUCAGAGAAAAACUCAACAUGCAAAGUGUAAAAUGCCUAACGGUCUAUUUUUGUAGAUUUCUUGUUUUUCUGUUUUGGUUUGAAUGUGAAUCAGAAGAGUGUUUGUGCACGUUACCGGAGAUAAACAACAACAACAACAACAACAAGAGGUUUUUUUUAUUGGAGCUUGAUUGAUUACAGUUUGGAUGUCGGCUCGUCAGAUUUUCUAGAGUGAAGAGUUUCCUUCCAAAA